UCCUCUCUCUGUACUUGCCCCUUCGAGCCUGUGUUUUUUUCCCUUUUAUUUUCUGCUAAAUAUAUUUCAUUUUUUUUCUAGGGUUAGGGUUUUGGGAGCGAAUCUGCACCAAAAUUGGAAGCAAAUGGUGCAGAAAUUCGCUAUGAGAUCGGAGAGCUCCCACCUUUACCCUAUUCCCCUCUCUCAAUUGCCCGAUUCGUGCUUGCCAUGAACUAGGGUUUGUGCUUUCCCUCUCUGGGAUAGUAGUGCUAGUAUGGAGAUGUAUAAUGGUUCGGAUAAUGGACCUACAGAAACUUACAUGAUGCCUGGCACUGUUCCGAACCCCCAACUAACAUUAUUUCAACCUUUGGAAGGGGUUGAUUAUAUCACUAAUGAAGUUGCUCCUGAGGUUACUUAUGAACAAGGACUAUACUACCCUGCUACCAACUAUUAUGGGUACUAUAGUACAGGUCUUGAGCCGCAACGUGAAUGGGUUGACCAGCAGAGAUUUUUUGGUUUAGAUGGUCAAGAGCUUCAUUAUGCAGUUCUGCAAACUGAAAGCUCUCCAUAUGUAUAUUAUUCACCUAGCUAUGGAUAUGCACAGCCAUCUUAUAAUCCUUACAAUCCUUACUCACCUUGUGCUGCCAUUGGUCUUGAUGGAUCAAAUAUAGGAACACAACCACAACCAUAUUUCUCUGAUCCUUCAUAUCAGCUACCAAUCUCAUCACCUGCUGCUUACAUUCCGGUAAUCCUCCAGCCUCAUUCAGAUGCUGCCCCAAAUAUCUCUAUGACCCCUACAGUUUUGGGCUCUAUUUCAUCGAGUAGACAAGUCACUGCCAAUUCAAAGUCAAAAUCAUGUGCAUCUUCAAAUGGGGGAGCCACUUCUCAAGGCACUGCUUCGAGGAUCCUAAAAUCUGAGUUGUCGGGAUCUUCAACACCGGGACAGGGAAGGACUCCUGGUUUGACACAAGUGACAGAUUCCCAUGGUAGUGUUUCAUCGGUUCAAAAUCCAUCAAAAGUCCCAUCGGUCAACUUCCCCCAAAACUUUGGAUCCACUGUUCAUGGCUGGACAACAGUUGACAGGUUAAGGCCAAGGUUCCAAUUUAAUGCAGCAGUGAAGAAUGGGAGUGGAAACUCAGACUUUCUGGGUGAGCAAAAUAGAGGGCCUCGAACAAACAGAUUAAAAGGCCAACCAGCAUCUGCAAGUACUAUUGGACUUUCAAUAAGCAAAGCUGGCGGUAAUAAUGCUCAGGAAGCCAUUAUUAUUAGAGCCGAUCAAUACAAUAAGGAUGACUUCCCUCUUGACCAUCCAGAUGCCAAGUUUUUCGUUAUAAAAUCGUACAGUGAGGAUGAUGUGCAUAAAAGUAUCAAAUAUAAUGUGUGGUCAAGCACCCCUAACGGCAACAAGAGGUUAAACAGUGCAUAUGAGGAUGCACAAAGAAUAUCUACCGGAAAAGUCAAGAACUGCCCCAUUUUUCUGUUCUUUUCUGUUAACGCAAGUGGGCAAUUCUGUGGUGUUGCUGAAAUGACUGGCCCUGUUGAUUUUGACAAUGAUAUGGAUUUCUGGCAGCAAGACAAAUGGACUGGUAGCUUUCCUGUUAAAUGGCACAUAAUAAAGGAUGCUCCAAACACUAGCUUUCGGCAGAUCCUAUUAGAGAAUAAUGAAAAUAAACCUGUAACUAAUAGCAGAGACACCCAAGAGAUAAUGUAUGCACCGGGCAUGAGUAUGCUAAACAUCUUCAAGGAUAGCCCCCUGAGCACAUCGAUCCUUGAUGAUUUUAUGUUUUAUGAAGAGCGGCAGAAGAUUAUGCAGGAAGAGAAGUCUAGAUUUACAGGAAGAAGCUACAAAACUUACAUUCCUGCAAUUGUUUCUGCCGAGAAGUCCAGUGAUUCAGCUGGGCAGAGUGGUUCCUCUGAUCAGAUUGCAAAAGGGGACGGAGGUCAAGCGAGUGUAACAUCUGGUCAACCUCUGAAUGCUGAUGUCGAGCUAACCGAGUUUAAACAUAAUAAGAGUUCAGGUAGUGAUGGCCCAAUUGAACUUGAUGCCCUUGAGUCAUUAAAUGCUGUGAAAGAUCUUAAUCCUGAUAAAAAGGAGGAUGCCAACUAUUUGAGUUCUGUUAUGAAAAUGAAGUCACUACCGCUCUGUGGUAAAGAAGAUGAAACAGAGGCCAUUAUGAAAGAAAAAAGUACUCAAAGUGAUGUCGUCACUGUUGGUUCAAUGCACAUCAAGGUAAAUGGAACUGCUGAGGCUGCCUCUGAGGUUACAAAUAUAGGAUCUACUAUUGAAUCCAAGACAAUGAAGCUUGAUGAUAACAAAGGUCCUAUAUCUGAGGACAGUGCAUCGCUGAAAUGAUGUUUGUGCAUUAUGUGGGUUUAUGUACAUCAGCAAGUUAAGUGUGUUCUCAUCUUCAAAGUUUCUGAAACCAACCUAUAGAAUCUGUUGUUACCUUUCCGAUAUUCAUGUUUCUGUGUUAAAUCUGACCCUGGCAUUAAGCUCAGUUUGGCAGAGUUUGUUCACCAUUUGUUGUUUCUCCGUUUAGCUCUCGUGUUAAGGUGAUUGGUCUAGAGGGAUGGGGGAUAUACUUUUUCUUCUUUGUUUUCGUUAUUUUAAUGUGGAAGUUUACAGAAUGUAACCUCUUCUAUUACUAUGUUACAACAUCGACAAAUCCAAAUACAAAUGCUACAAUUAUUCUCUUUUAAAUUUGAA